GAGGAAGCCGAGCAAACAUCUCUAAGUCGGGAUCCAUCGACUUCUAUCAUCCACAAACGGUUGAACGCUCCGCCAAGUCGCCGAUUCUCUUCGCGGUUUCAUCCUCCGUCAGACGCCAACACGCAGCACAUCAGCAGCACCGCAGCACGCCUCUUCAGUCGUCAACUACUCACAUCACUCCCGUCGCUCAGUCGCCUGCUCUCAGCCACUCAACCUUCAGCGGCUCAGUCAAUCGGCGCUUCCCUCAAUUUUCACAUCCAACCAUUCAUAGUCCCGAUCCACCCCUUGGUUCAGUCCCAUCAAAUCAAGUCCCCCCAUUCAUCUCUAAUCAGGUGGCUUGAUAAAUUUGUUCUUAUUAAGAAAUGGAAGAAGUAGAAUCUGUAUUCAACGCAGCAAUUUAUCCAUGUUGGGAAGAUAUUGAACUCGCCGAAAGUUACCUUGUGUGCUGUAUGUAUCAUGAUGCAGCAUCUUUAUCCCACUCUGUACUGAAGCGCUUGCUAGAAAGUAUUAGUUCUGACAAUAGCAUACCCAAUCAUGAGACCGUGGAGAGCAAUGAUGAGUUGGAUGAUAUGUUACAGUCAGCUGGAAUGGUCUUUGUUCAGUCCUUGAAUCAACUUGGAAGGGCAUCGGAAGUACUGAAGGAACUUAAGUUGUUGUUUGGUUCAGUCACUGCCAUCCCUUUUCAAGUCUUCUUUACUGGAAGGUGACGCUGAACCUUUUUGGACAGGGCAUGUUUCCAAAUACCUGGCAGCAUUUCUUCUGAUUUUCAAGAAGUUCUUGAUGAAUUUCUUAGCAAGUGGAAAUACAUGGAGGCAAAUUAUUAUGCUUCUGGAAGUGUUGAAGGUGACAUUGCUCAUGGAGAGAGCUUCAGUAAGCAGCAUGUGUUGGGAGUUGAUGAAUAUGUGAAAGUUGUUGAGCUCUAUGUCAUAACAUUUCUUGAAAGGACUAUGAAGAAUGUUGAUCUCGCAAUCUCAUGGGUUGAGAAAGCAGGUUUACCUGAGGAAAAGUGUCAGAAUCUGUUGAGACAAUUAUACUCCAUGAACACUUCUAAACUCGGCAGUUCAUCAGAGUUCAAUGCAUCACUAUUGCAAAUAGAUGAACACGUGCCUCAAUCUUCUUCCAUAAAGGACGAAAAAACUGGUUCUGCUAACAAUCUGGAGAAUAAUUCAAAACAAAAGCUUAUUGAAAUGUACAAAAAGAGAGGAUCCUUUUGGUGGUUCCGCACCAUAAGUUUGAAGUUUAGGAGUACUCGAUUCGUCAUAUCAAAUGGAAAUAUUUUCCUAUGCUGUUUAGCUCUUAUCUUAUUUCAUCUCAUGAGGAGGAAGUCAAAUUUUAAGAGCAUUCUUAUAAAACAAGCUUCAUCCGUGAAGAAGGCUUUGGGUGAUCUUUGGGAACUUGCCUUUUCAUACCAGGUGAACCCACUUGCUGCAGUUGCUGGAGUUCAAUCGCUCCCGAGUUCAGCGCAUGGAGCCCGCUGAUGUCGCUACCAUUUUCUGCCGUAUCAUUAUCUUAACAUACAAUAUAGGAGGCACAACAAACAUACCGUGUAUCUUGAACAAAUAAUAUUACAUCAGAUUUUGUGGAGUAGUUCAAGUGGAGAUUAUUAACAUAUGAGAUAAAGGCCAUUUCGUGAAAUUCCUGAUUUUCGGAGUAACAAGGAAGUUGUCAAUCAGAUGAUCCACCCCACUUAUUUAGAUUCAUAAUACCAACUGCCACUGAAUAUGGCGAAUCAAAUUAUCUAUCUAGGUUCAUCCCCAUCCAGAGUACUAGACUACUGGUCAUGUGCAAAAUGUUGUAUGUAUAGUUAAAAACCACAUUUUUAUGCCAAUUGUUACUCUUGCUACCCAUGACAUUAGAAUAUUAGAUGUACCUUGAUUUGGUCACACAUACUUGUGUUACUUUGAUGAAUUCAAUCUUUAUUCUUGAAUUAUCUUGUUUUUCUCGAUAUGUUAAUGAGAGUUUGUCUGGG